GGCGCAGCCCCCGCCUCCCUCCCCUCGCCGCGCUCGGGCCCAGCGGAGACACCGGGCCGCGCAGCCCAGGCCGCGGCCAUGAGUGAGGCAGAAGUGAAUCCCAAGGCUUAUCCCCUGGCUGAUGCACAGCUCACCAAAACUCUCCUGGAUCUCGUGCAGCAAUCCUGCAACUAUAAGCAGCUACGUAAAGGAGCCAAUGAAGCCACAAAGACCCUGAACCGAGGGAUAGCGGAGUUCAUUGUGAUGGCAGCAGAUGCAGAGCCCUUGGAGAUCAUCCUGCACCUCCCUCUCCUCUGUGAGGACAAGAACGUACCCUACGUGUUUGUGCGCUCUAAGCAAGCCCUGGGCCGGGCCUGUGGCGUUUCCCGGCCUGUCAUUGCCUGCUCCAUCACCAUCAAGGAGGGAUCACAGCUAAAGCCUCAGAUCCAGUCUGUCCAGCAAGCUAUAGAGAGACUGUUGGUCUAAAUGCCAAGGAGUUUGUAUGUGGAGUAGGAAAGCGGAAGUCAGGGGGAGUUAAUGUCUAGCUUCAGCUGAAAUAAUAGUUUUGGUAUCUGUGUUUUGUUUCAAAAUACCAUAUUUUUUUUCAUGAUGGUUCAAUUCUUAGUGUUUCUCCCCCUCCUCCCCCUCCUUUUCUAUUAUUCCACUCAAACACAUUCAUUCUCAUUGUAUUCCUUCUUGAAAAAUGAUUGUACAACUGUAUCGCCUGUUUGAUGUUUAAAAGAAAGAAAAAAAAACAAUUCUCCCCUUAUCUCCAUGUCUGCCUGCUCAGGGCUUUGUUAACCCACCCGUUACCUUACUCUGCAUUGCAAUGUUUCUGCUGAGUUUCAGCUUCUAACAGGUGUGAGUAACUGUUUUGGAAUGGUUUAGUCUCCUGAGGACGAGGUGUGAGGUUCCCUGCACACCAUGUGCAUCCAGGCUGCUGGUUACUGCUGUCAGCCACGGAGCAACGCAGGCCACACGGAGGUGGGCAGAGGCUGCUGUGGAGCAGCAGAUGGAGCCAAGAUCAGGACACACAGCACAACCCUUUUUCUUCUUGAAACCAGACAAGAGACUUCUGUAAGAUACCUAGGGGGAGCAGAAAUCUGCAGUGCACAAGGGGAAAUCUCUUGCUUUAUUUUUAAAUGCUGACUUUUUAAGAAAAAUAAAAUUGAUGACAAAGCUAAA